AUGCAUCCGAUAUGCGGUUCAAGAUUGGGGUCGGGUUCCUGAUCGGGCUCUCCGCAUUUGAUACGAUGGGAAGAUUAUAUGUGGUAUUUUCUCAUCAUCAUUCAUUGUUAACAGACGUUUACUUUGAUCUAUCUAUCCAUUGAAGAAUAAUUCUAGAUCGUGAUCAAGUAAAAUAUAGCAAACAUGAAAUUCCGCGAUGGCAUGUGGGCGGUAGCGGAGGGCGUGCGUGUCGAGUAUGCCGAAGAGGUCUACGACAUCACGGAGACAGACAAAGGCCUAAGCCUACUAUGUCCGACGAAGAAAAUCAGGGGUCGCGGGGACACUUUGAAUUGCAGCACACUGACGAUCGACCUCGAAGCGCCCCACGACGGCAUCAUCUCCGUCGAGACGACGCACUGGGCCGGCGCCGCCCGGAAAGGUCCCAACUUCGAGCUCUUCCCCCAAGGCGGGCUGAAAUACGCGCCCAAAGUCGCCAAAAACGACAAAGGCACAACCCUCAGCUCAGGCUCGCUCUCAGCGACCGUCAGCUCAGCAGAGCACGCCUUCGGCAUCCAAUUCCACAGCACGGACGGGUCCAAGGUGCUUACUUCGCUGGCCUCGCGCAGCGUGGGUCUAGCGUACAGCCCGGCCUGGAGCAACAUGCUGCAGACGGGGGACAUGAGGGAUUUCAAGCACUACGUCUUCACGCAGACGAACCUAGGAGUCGGCGAGACCGUCCACGGCCUCGGGGAACGCUUCGGCGCUUUUAAUAAGGUAGGGCAGGCGAUAUCGCUGUGGAAUGCGGACGGAGGCACCUCGAGCGAGCAGGCGUAUAAGAAUGUUUCGUUCUGGCUUAGUAAUAGGGGCUACGGCGUGUUCAUAGACACGCCGGGGAGAGUCGAGCUAGAGAUCGGGAGUGAGCGGUGCUGUCGCGCCCAGACGAGUAUCGAGGGGCAGAGGUUGAAGUGGUAUAUCAUAUAUGGUCCUUCGCCCAAGGAAGUGCUGUACCGAUACUCUAUUUUAACGGGCCGGCCUGCCAAAGUGCCUAGCUGGAGUUAUGGACUUUGGCUCACGACUAGUUUUACGACUAAUUACGACGAGGCGACAGUGAACUCGUUCCUCGAGGGUAUGAAAGAGCGGGAUAUCCAAGUGGACGUUUUCCACUACGAUUGUUUUUGGAUGAAGGGCUUCAGAUGGACCGACUUCAUCUUCGACUCCGAGAAGUUCCCGGACCCCAAAGCGCAGAUCGCCCGCCUAAAGUCCUCGGGUCUAGUAAGCAAAGUCUGCGUCUGGAUCAACCCGUACAUCGCGCAGCACGGCGCCGCCUUCGCGCACGCGGCCGAGAAGGGCUACCUCCUCAAGCGCAAGAACGGCGAUAUUUGGCAGUGGGACCUGUGGCAGGCCGGUAUGGGGCUCGUCGACUUCACGAACCCGGAGGCCGUGAAAUGGUACACCGAGUGUCUGAAUGAACUAUUCGAUAAGGGGGUAGAUUGCAUCAAGACUGAUUUCGGGGAGAGGAUCCCGACGUUGGAUGUGCAGUGGUUCGAUAAGGAGGUUGAUCCUCACAAGAUGCAUAAUUACUACGCCUACCUCUACAACAAAGUCGUCUACACCGCCCUGCAAGCCCGGUACGGCGAAACCGAAGCCGUCCUCUUCGCCCGGGCCGCCUGCGCCGGCACCCAGCAAUUCCCGCUCGUCUGGGGCGGCGACUGCGAGUCCACCCCGGAAGCUAUGGCAGAAUCCAUCCGCGGCGGCCUCGGCCUCGGCCUCUCCGGCUUCAGCUUCUGGUCCAACGACAUCGGAGGUUUCGAAGGCUCCCCAGCCCCCUGGAUCUACAAGCGCUGGGUAGCCUUCGGGCUCCUAUGCUCGCACAGCCGACUCCACGGCAGCGGCUCAUACCGGGUCCCCUGGCUCGUCGACGCCGACGACCGGUCGGCCGACGGCUGCUCCGCCGUGCUGGCGACCUGGACCGCGCUCAAGACGCGGUUGAUGCCGUACCUGAUGGCGCAGGGCACGAAGGCCGCGGAGCGCGGAUUACCGCUUUCGGUGAGGGCUAUGUGUAUCGAGUUCCCCGAGGACCCGACGUGUUGGUUCUUGGACCGCCAGUUCAUGGUGGGCGAGAACUUGCUCGCGGCGCCUGUUUUCGAGGAGUCCGGGGAUGUGGAGUUUUACUUGCCGGGGGGGACGUGGUGGUGCUUCUUUACGAACCGUUGGCGAGUUGGGCCUGGUUGGUUCCGGGAGAAGCACGGGUUUGAUACCAUGCCGUUGUACGUGAGGGAGGACACGAUGCUGGUGUUUGGGAAGUCGGGGAUACAGGGCGUUGUCUACGACUACACGGCAGAUAUUGAUGUCAGGAUAUAUAAGAUUCGGGCUGAGACGGCGACGAGCGCGGAUAUUGUGGAUAGUGAUGGAAAAUUCUUGGGAACAUUGAAGGAGCGUGGCGAUGCUGGUAGUGAGAUUGAGCGCGGAGAGAUCCUGAAAGGCACAUGGAUUAAGACUUGGUGUCUAGGGAUACCAGAAACAAUGGCUGUAAAACAUACAGAUAUCCUUAUGUCUUUUCGUCCUCAAUAAUUGGGCACUAUAGGUAGGUAUUUUAUAUAUCGCUAUCUCACUAUCAUCAAGCGUGAUGCUGCGUUAAAUACAUAACAUAUCCGCGCUACUAAAUAGCAACUCAACGCAAAAAUAAUUCAAAAGGAAAAAAAAGAAAGAAAAAAAAGAAUGGUAUGUGACGCGGGUACAAAGCCA